UUUUAUUUUAUUUUCAGCAAGGGUACCUACGGUACCUGAAAACAACGAUGGCAUGGAAAACACUUCCAAUUUACCUGUUGUUGCUGCUGUCUGUUUUCGUGAUUCAGCAAGUUUCAUCUCAAGAUUUAUCAAGCUGUGCAGGGAGAUGUGGGGAAGGGUAUUCUAGAGAUGCCACCUGCAACUGUGAUUAUAACUGUCAACACUACAUGGAGUGCUGCCCUGAUUUCAAGAGAGUCUGCACUGCGGAGCUUUCCUGUAAAGGCCGCUGCUUUGAGUCCUUCGAGAGAGGGAGGGAGUGUGACUGCGAUGCCCAAUGUAAGAAGUAUGACAAGUGCUGUCCUGAUUAUGAGAGUUUCUGUGCAGAAGUGCAUAAUCCCACAUCACCACCAUCUUCAAAGAAAGCACCUCCACCUUCAGGAGCAUCUCAAACCAUCAAAUCAACAACCAAACGUUCACCCAAACCACCAAACAAGAAGAAGACUAAGAAAGUUAUAGAAUCAGAGGAAAUAACAGAAGAACAUUCUGUUUCUGAAAAUCAAGAGUCCUCCUCCUCCUCCUCCUCUUCCUCUUCUUCUUCAACAAUUCGGAAAAUCAAGUCUUCCAAAAAUUCAGCUGCUAAUAGAGAAUUACAGAAGAAACUCAAAGUAAAAGAUAACAAGAAGAACAGAACUAAAAAGAAAACUACCCCCAAACCACUAGUUGUAGAUGAAGCUGGAAGUGGAUUGGACAAUGGUGACUUCAAGGUCACAACUCCUGACACGUCUACCACCCAACACAAUAAAGUCACCACAUCUCCCAAGAUCACAACAGCAAAACCAAUAAAUCCCAGACCCAGUCUUCCACCUAAUUCUGAUACAUCUAAAGAGACGUCUUUGACAGUGAAUAAAGAGACAACAGUUGAAACUAAAGAAACUACUACAACAAAUAAACAGACUUCAACUGAUGGAAAAGAGAAGACUACUUCAGCUAAAGAGACACAAAGUAUAGAGAAAACAUCUGCUAAAGAUUUAGCACCCACAUCUAAAGUGCUGGCUAAACCUACACCCAAACCUGAAACUACAACCAAAGGCCCUGCUCUCACCACUCCCAAGGAGCCCACGCCCACCACUCCCAAGGAGCCUGCAUCUACCACGCCCAAAGAGCCCACAGCCACCACCAUCAAGUCUGCACCCACCACCCCCAAGGAGCCUGCACCCACCACCCCCAAGGAGCCUGCACCCACCACUCCCAAGGAGCCUGCACCCACCACCACCAAGUCUGCACCCACCACUCCCAUGGAGCCUGCACCCACCACUCCCAAGGAGCCUGCACCCACCACCACCAAGUCUGCACCCACCACUCCCAUGGAGCCUGCACCCACCACCCCCAAGAAGCCUGCCCCAACUACCCCCAAGGAGCCUGCACCCACCACUCCCAAGGAGCCUGCACCCACCACUCCCAAGGAGCCUGCACCCACCACCACCAAGGAGCCUGCACCCACCACUCCCAAGGAGCCUGCACCCACCACCACCAAGUCUGCACCCACCACUCCCAAGGAGCCUGCACCCACCACCCCCAAGAAGCCUGUCCCAACUACCCCCAAGGAGCCUGCACCCACCACUCCCAAGGAGCCUGCACCCACCACCACCAAGUCUGCACCCACCACCACCAAGGAGCCUGCACCCACCACUACCAAGUCUGCACCCACCACUCCCAAAGAGCCUGCACCCACCGCCCCCAAGAAGCCUGCCCCAACUACCCCCAAGGAGCCUGCACCCACCACUCCCAAGGAGCCUGCACCCACCACCACCAAGUCUGCACCCACCACUCCCAAGGAGCCUUCACCCACCACCACCAAGGAGCCUGCACCCACCACUCCCAAGGAGCCUGCACCCACCACCCCCAAGAAGCCUGCCCCAACUACCCCCAAGGAGACUGCACCCACCACUCCCAAGGAACCUGCACCCACCACCACCAAGAAGCCUGCACCCACCACUCCCAAAGAGCCUGCCCCAACUACCCCCAAGGAGACUGCACCCACCACCCCCGAGAAGCUCACACCCACCACCCCCGAGAAGCUCGCACCCACCACCCCCGAGGAGCCCGCACCCACCACCCCUGAGGAGCCUGCACCCACCACCCCUGAGGAGCCCGCACCCACCACCCUUGAGGAGCCCACACCCACCACCCCUGAGGAGCCCGCUCCCACCACUCCCAAGACAGCAGCUCCCAACACCCCUAAGGAGCCUGCUCCAACUACCCCUAAGGAGCCUGCUCCAACUACCCCUAAGGAGACUGCUCCAACUACCCCUAAAGGGACUGCUCCAACUACCCUCAAGGAACCUGCACCCACUACUCCCAAGAAGCCUGCCCCCAAGGAGCUUGCACCCACCACCACCAAGGAGCCCACAUCCACCACCUCUGACAAGCCCGCUCCAACUACCCCUAAGGAGACUGCUCCAACUACCCCUGAGGAGACUGCUCCAACUACCCCUGAGGAGACUGCUCCAACUACCCCUAAGGGGACUGCUCCAACUACCCCUAAGGGGACUGCUCCAACUACCCCUAAGGGGACUGCUCCAACUACCCCUAAGGGGACUGCUCCAACUACCCCUAAGGAGACUGCUUCAACUACCCCUAAGGGGACUGCUCCAACUACCCUCAAGGAACCUGCACCCACUACUCCCAAGAAGCCUGCCCCCAAGGAGCUUGCACCCACCACCACCAAGAAGCCCACAUCUACCACCUCUGACAAGCCUGCUCCAACUAUACCUAAGGAGACUGCUCCAACUAUCCCCAAGGAGCCUGCACCCACUACCCCCAAGAAGCCUCCUCCAACUACUCCUGAGACACCUCCUCCUACCACUUCAGAGGUCUCUACUCCAACUACCACCAAGGAGCCUACCACUAUCCACAAAAGCCCUGAUGAAUCAACUCCUGAGCUUUCUGCAGAACCCACACCAAAAGCUCUUGAAAACAGUCCCAAGGAACCUGGUGUACCUACAACUAAGACUCCUGCAGCAACUAAACCUGAAAUGACUACAACAGCUAAAGACAAGACAACAGAAAGAGACUUACGUACUACACCUGAAACUACAACUGCUGCACCUAAGAUGACAAAAGAGACAGCAACUACAACAGAAAAAACUACCGAAUCCAAAAUAACAACUACAACCACACAAGUAACAUCUACCACAACUCAAGAUACCACACCAUUCAAAAUUACUACUCUUAAAACAACUACUCUUGCACCCAAAGUAACUACUACAACAAAAAAGACAAUUACUACCACUGAGAUUAUGAACAAACCUGAAGAAACAGCUAAACCAAAAGACAGAGCUACUAAUUCUAAAGUGACAACUCCUAAACCUCAAAAGCCAACCAAAGCACCCAAAAAACCCACUUCUACCAAAAAGCCAAAAACAAUGCCUAGAGUGAGAAAACCAAAGACGACACCAACUCCCCGCAAGAUGACAUCAACAAUGCCAGAAUUGAACCCUACCUCAAGAGUAGCAGAAGCCAUGCUCCAAACCACCACCAGACCUAACCAAACUCCAAACUCCAAACUAGUUGAAGUAAAUCCAAAGAGUGAAGAUGCAGGUGGUGCUGAAGGAGAAACACUUCAUAUGCUUCUCAGGCCCCAUGUGUUCAUGCCUGAAGUUACUCCUGACAUGGAUUACUUACCGAGAGUACCCAAUCAAGGCAUUAUCAUCAAUCCCAUGCUUUUCGAUGAGACCAAUAUAUGCAAUGGUAAGCCAGUAGAUGGACUGACUACUUUGCGCAAUGGGACAUUAGUUGCAUUCCGAGGUCAUUAUUUCUGGAUGCUAAGUCCAUUCAGUCCACCAUCUCCAGCUCGCAGAAUUACUGAAGUUUGGGGUAUUCCUUCCCCCAUUGAUACUGUUUUUACUAGGUGCAACUGUGAAGGAAAAACUUUCUUCUUUAAGGAUUCUCAGUACUGGCGUUUUACCAAUGAUAUAAAAGAUGCAGGGUACCCCAAACCAAUUUUCAAAGGAUUUGGAGGACUAACUGGACAAAUAGUGGCAGCGCUUUCAACAGCUAAAUACAAGAACUGGCCUGAAUCUGUGUAUUUUUUCAAGAGAGGUGGCAGCAUUCAGCAGUAUAUUUAUAAACAGGAACCUGUACAGAAGUGCCCUGGAAGAAGGCCUGCUCUAAAUUAUCCAGUGUAUGGAGAAACGACACAGGUUAGGAGACGUCGCUUUGAACGUGCUAUAGGACCUUCUCAAACACACACCAUCAGAAUUCAUUAUUCACCUGCCAGACUGGCUUAUCAAGACAAAGGUGUCCUUCAUAAUGAAGUUAAAGUGAGUAUACUGUGGAGAGGACUUCCAAAUGUGGUUACCUCAGCUAUAUCACUGCCCAACAUCAGAAAACCUGACGGCUAUGAUUACUAUGCCUUUUCUAAAGAUCAAUACUAUAACAUUGAUGUGCCUAGUAGAACAGCAAGAGCAAUUACUACUCGUUCUGGGCAGACCUUAUCCAAAGUCUGGUACAACUGUCCUUAGACUGAUGAGCAAAGGAGGAGUCAACUAAUGAAGAAAAGAAUAAUAAAUUUUGACACUGAAAAACAUUUUAUUAAUAAAGAAUAUUGACAUGAGUA